UUAACCAUGAGGAUGAAGAGGGGAGGAGUUAGUUUUGCUGUUCAUAAACACUACAGGGGCUCGUUUCCAGGGCUCAAAGCCAGAGGGCCCUGCUGCUGACUCUGAGCUGCAGGGCCCAAAAGCUCCUACUGGAAGGAUCAAGGAUAAAUGAUAUGAGCUGGAAUGAGGGAUUGCAUCUCAGUAGCUAGAAACCCGGCACAAGCCAGAGCAUCCUGCUCGCUGGCCUCUGCGUCCCGGGCCGGAAAGCUGAGCGCCCGGAACCUUUAUACGCGGGCUUUCCAGAACCCGGGCUCUAUUAGGCGCUGCGCGGCGGCUUGCCGGAGCUGGUUGCCAGGGUGACGCCUGAGAAGAUGGCUGCUGCGUCUUCGUCGGAUUCCGACAGCGGCAGAGCUGAGAGUGAAGCCAGUUCGAAAUGGCUGGAUGCACACUACGACCCCAUGGCCAACAUCCACACCUUUUCCGCCUGCCUGCAGCUGGCAGAUUUGCAUGGUGACGGGGAGUACAAGCUGGUGGUGGGGGACCUUGGCCCAGGUGGGCAGCAGCCCCGCCUGAAGGUGCUUAAAGGGCCCACAGUGCUGAGCGAAAGCCCGCUACCUGCCCUGCCAGCCGCUGCUGCCACCUUCCUCAUGGAGCAACACGAACCCCGGACACCAGCGCUGGCACUCGCGUCAGGCCCUUGUGUGUAUGUGUAUAAGAAUCUCAGGCCCUACUUCAAGUUCAGCCUGCCCCAGUUGCCUCCAAACCCCCUGGAACAGGACCUUUGGAACCAGGCCAAAGAGGACCGGAUUGACCCCCUGACCCUGAAGGAGAUGCUGGAGGGCAUCCGGGAGAAGGCAGAGGUGCCUUUGUCUGUACAGUCACUCAGGUUUCUGCAGCUGGAGCUGAGUGAAAUGGAGGCAUUUGUGAACCAGCACAAGUCCAAGUCCAUCAGGCGGCAGUCUCUGGGGGGAUGGUGUGAGGGGAGCUACUGGGUGACCCCUGGAGUCCCUCUGCAGACAGUCAUCACCACCAUGACCACCUUAAAGAAGAACCUGGCUGACGAGGACGCUGUGUCCUGCCUGGUGCUGGGCACUGAGAACAAGGAGCUCCUGGUGCUGGACCCAGAAGCCUUCACUGUUUUGGCCAAGAUGAGCCUACCCAGCGUCCCCGUCUUCCUGGAGGUUUCUGGCCAGUUCGAUGUGGAGUUCCGUCUUGCUGCUGCCUGCCGCAACGGGAACAUCUAUAUGCUGAGAAGAGACUCCAAGCGCCCCAAGUACUGCAUCGAGCUGAGUGCCCAGCCUGUGGGGCUUGUCCGGGUUCACAAGGUCCUGGUGGUGGGCAGCAACCAAGACAGCCUGCAUGGCUUCACCCACAAGGGUAAGAGGCUGUGGACAGUGCAGAUGCCCGCAGCCAUCCUGACCAUGAACCUCCUGGAGCAGCGCUCCCGGGGCCUGCAGGCCGUCAUGGCCGGACUGGCCAACGGAGAGGUCCGCAUCUACCGCGACAAGGCCCUGCUCAGCAUCGUCCGCACGCCGGAUGCAGUGACCAGCCUUUGCUUUGGCCGCUACGGGCGGGAAGAUCACACCCUCAUCAUGACUACACGAGGUGGUGGCCUGAUUAUCAAGAUCCUGAAGCGCACAGCAGUGUUUGUGGAGGGGGGAGGUGAAGCAGGUCCCCCACCAGCCCAGGCCAUGAAACUCAACAUGCCCCGAAAGACCCGGCUUUACGUGGAUCAGACACUGCGAGAGCGGGAAGCCGGCACCGCCAUGCACCGGACCUUCCAGGCAGACCUCUACCUGCUGCGCCUCCGGGCCGCCCGUGCCUACGCGCAGGCCCUCGAGUCCAGCCUGAGCCCCGUGUCUGCGACGGCGCGGGAGCCGCUCAAGCUGCACGCUGUGGUUCAGGGCCUGGGCCCCACCUUUAAGCUCACCCUUCACCUGCAGAACACCUCAACAGCCCGACCCAUCCUGGGGCUGCUGGUCUGCUUCCUGUACAACGAGGGGCUCUAUGCUCUGCCCCGGGCCUUCUUCAAGGUCCCCUUGCUGGUGCCAGGGCUCAACUACCCCCUGGAGACCUUUGUGGAGAGUCUUAGUGACAAGGGCAUCUCAGACAUUAUCAAGGUGCUGGUGCUCCGAGAAGGCCAGAGCGCACCCCUGCUCAGCGCCCAUAUCAACAUGCCUGUGAGUGAGGGGCUGGCAGCUGCCUGACGCCUGAGCCCGUGUUAAAGCCCCUGUGGAAUCAGGACCAGGGAGUUCCAGCCCCUCCCACUGAGCCGGGCAGAGUCCACGGCCCCAGGCCCACUCCAGUGCAGCAGUGUGCUGGGCAACAGCCUCCCUCUCCUCUCCUAGUGCCCCUUUCUCACCACCCUGACCACUGGGUGACCUGUAGCAGCAGGUCAGUGAGUCCCCAGGAGGUUGGGCUCCGUCCUCCUCAGGGAAACCCAGGCAUUGGCCCUUUGGGCUCUCUCUUCUCCCCACUUUUCCCCAGAAGCCACUCCCAGGUCUGAAGGCAGAGUUCUGAAGUGCUCAAGGUGAGAUGAGGGCAUAGGCCCAGCCUCCUCGUCUGCCGCUUCCCUUAGGCAUGUCACUCUACUGCUGCUGCAGAAUUGGCUGGGGCCUUGCCUGAGACAAUCAGAGGCUCUUCUUGGGUGAGACUGAGCCCCCUGUUGCUCCCUGGGGUUCCAGAGGCUUGGCUCCUCCCAGCUCAGCUUGCAGGCAAAACACAUGCUCUGAUCUCCCCUCGUGAGCUCAGCAGGGGGCCCUGGGAAUAGCUGCCUUCCCACCGGAAGUCUUGGGCUCAGCCAAGGUCUCAGGCCUGUGAUGCUCUGUGAAGAUCACCAAGGGAGAAGCUGCUGCGGGGGGCAGAGAGCGCCGUGCAGGAGCUAGUGGCCCCAGCCCCCACCAGGCUUCUGAAGACCACACAGCUGCUGCUCCUGACUUGGAUGCUCGUGCCCAGAAAGCAUCCCAGGAGAGGAAGGCUCAGAGAGACAGAGCAGAGGUGGGGCCGCGGCACACAGGAGGGGCGUCUCUGGGGUCCUGGGGAGGGGCUUUGGGAGGCAGAAGCCUAGAACUGCCAGUCAAGAUGCUCUUCUGUGCCCCGGAGCCCAGAUCGGUCAGGUGAGUGGCAGGUUCACUGGGCAGUGGCCACAGUGUGAGAUUCACUGGAAAGGCAUGGACCAUAGGUGUUGAGUCAGGUUGAAGACUGAAUGAAAGUACAUGUUUAGACCUUAAGCAUCAGAGACCCACAGUCCGGGCCCUUGGUGCUUCCUGGAACCCCCUGGCUAGUCUGCCUGGCCCGCCUCACAGUCUUCUUUUGAGUUAGCGCUACCAGGGCCGCCCUGAGCCAUUUGUGAGCCAGGAACCCUACUGCCUGAGGAAGGACCUAUAUCUUCUGUCUGACCAGGUACAGGCUAGCAUGUGGCAGACAGCUCAGGCUUGUGGGAAGUACCCAAAUCCCUGUGUGUUUCAGUUUCCCCAAGCGUAAAAUGAGGCAGUUUGACCAGAUUCAGCUCUAACAUCCUAGAGUUGGCAGCCCCUCUAGAGGAAACAAGGAGUCAACUCCAGAAAGUAAGUGCAGGAGUAAGUGCAGAGCUUUUGCUCUUGAGACCAAGGGCCCCAAGCUGAUUGAUUCUGCCGGGCAACAGCCUCUGUGCCGGAGACAGUGAGGGACAGCCCACAGUCACCCCCUGUCCUCCCCAGGGAAUGCAUUCUGGGGCCAGGUUAAGAGAAGCAAGGGGACUGGACCAGAGAAAGAGCCCCAUCCCCCUCCUCUCUGCAGAGUCCAGCCACUCGCAAACAAACCAAUUGGAUCAGGGUGGUCUAGACUUUCUAGAUCGAGCUGACUGAGGCACAGUUGGAAUAAGCAGGACGUUUUGUCUGGAAAUGGAAAGACAGGUAGAGCGAGUGUCGCUGUCAGAGAGAUUUCAGCUUAACCUGAAGAGUCUUCUGAGACAGCUUAUCAGAGAUGGAAGGGCCUGCCCUAGCAGGUAUUGGGCCCCUUGUCACUGGAGCUGUGGCACUGGGGCUGGGCCAGAUGACCUCACAAUCCCUUUCACCCCAGUGAAGUGAUGAACUGUGUGAACAAAGAAGUCUGAUCUGGGUUCAACUCAUAGUUAUUCAUGAUGAUGAAAGUGGAGAAGCUAUUCCUAAGCCCAACCUAACGUGAAUUUAUAUGAUAUAAUACAAUGUACCUAUUAUUAAAAAAUAUGUGAAUUGUA